AUGGCGACCCGAACCUUGUCGAAGCGGAUGCAUGGAAGGGUUCCCGCUGCGGCUCUACACUACUCUCGACACUGGACAGGCUGGAGGAACAGGAAAUUGAGGGGCAACAUGCUGGUCGUGAAUGGAGUAUCUAUGUGUCAUGGUUUACCUCGUGAGCUACAUGACCAGACGGAACCAUCCUACCUUUUGAAGACGCCCGAUAUGUCACAUCUUCUUUCGGCACGUGGAGCCAGCGUGGCGUCCAUCUACAUUGUCCGAGAUAUUGACUGA